AGACUGCAGCGGCUGGCUCAUCCUAUCGAUAAGAUUCACUUAGAGCCAAGGUGGAGGAUGGGAAAGGAAUGGAGCUGUCCCAGCUCCUCAAUGAGAUCAGGGCAAACUAUGAAAGGCUGCUCACCAGAAAUCAGAUAGAGACCGUGCUCUCAACGAGACUCCAGCUAGAAGAAGACUUAAGCAAGAAAAUGGACAAAGAUGAAGAAGCACUAAAGGCAGCCCAAGCAGAACUCAAAGAGGCCCGCCGUCAAUGGCACCAUCUGCAAGUGGAAAUUGAAUCUCUCCAUGCCGUGGAAAGGGGCCUGGAAAAUUCACUACAAGAGUCAGAGCAACAUUAUCAGACUCAACUUCAAGACCUAGAAGCUGUCAUUGAAGGUCUGGAGAAAGAACUGGCAGAAGUGAGGCAAGGAAUCGAAAAGCAGCUCAGAGAGCAUGAAAUGCUACUUAACACUAAAAUGAGAUUAGAACAAGAGUUAGCAACGUAUCGCCGCCUUCUGGAAAAAGAAGAAAUCAGAUAUUAUGGUUCUGCUCAAUCUGGGAAAGGAGAUAGAAAGUCUACCACAAGUCGAGUAGGCUUUAUCUUACCUGCAGAGGUCAUACACAAACGUGAGAAAGAAAAGGUAGAAACAGUGACCAAACAGGCCAUCUUAAAUGGAAGCAUUGUGAAGGAAAGUACUGAAGCUCACGGGACCAUACAGACAGAAAAAGUGGAUGAAGUUAUUAAAGAAUGGGAAGGUUCUUUCUUUAAAGAUAACCCACGAUUAAGGAAAAAAUCUGUUUCUCUACGAUUUGAUCUACACUUAGCAGCCACAGAUGAAGGGUGCUUACAGACUAAACAAGAUAAUCUACCCGACAUAGAGGUCAGGCUCAUUAUGCGGAGGUCAUGCAGCAUCCCCUCUAUCAAACCUUCAACAGGAGCUAAUUAAUCCAAAGACUGUAUGUAAUGGGAUUUGAAAAUAACAUCCAGAUGAAUCUAAAUGGGCAUCCUUUGUGUCCCCAAAUGUUACUAAAAAGGAAAUGUUAUUAAAUCAUUGUGUUAACACAUACAAUGAACAUGUAGUUCUCUUUGAAAGAAAAAAGAUAAGGAAAUAAGAUUUUUCAAAAUCCAACAUCUAAUAGUUGUUUUUGGAGAAAAAAUUUUAUUGAUAGUUAAUACUUAUUUUGUUCUAUUUAUUUCCAAAUAUUGUUUCCCUCCUCUCAUUCCCCUUCCAUUCAGACAUACAGGGGUUUUAAGAAUUAAAAUGUGUCAAUCAUACUUUACAUUUUCGCCCAAAACUGCUUUGAAAUAUUUAAAUCCCUUAUUUUGACCAAAAUGAUUAAACACAUUUUUUCUUUUCUAAUCAGUAAUAUAAGACUAGCAAUAACCAUUUUAUUCAUAAAUUCAUUCAAAAUUUUUGAAACAACAGCACUUCCCCUUUUUUUGUCCCAGCCCAUGACCAGCCAUUAUAUACCUGAACCUUAUUUUCUAUCUACAAAAUUUUUUUUAAUUAAAAAAAGAGAAUGUUAAAACCUUUUAAAGGAGAAUAUACUAUUCACCUGCCUGGUAAUUUUUCUUUGAAAUCAGCUGUAUAUGUAUUGAAGUGAACAAUCCAUCCCAAUUGAAUAAUUUUCUACAAACAGCUUCAUCCAACCUACAAGAACAUACAGUUAAAUAAUAUUUAAUCUACCCAUGCAAGUUUUGGUUUUUAUUGUCUUUCAGACUUUAAAAGAAAAGUCAUUACCCACAAAACACCAUAUUCGGUGUGUUGCCAACAAAAUGUAUUAUAGUCAACACAAGAAAAACAAAAAACAAAGUGAAGAAAUGGUUGCUAUAAUUACCAGAAGUGGUUUAAAAAGAACACAAAUAGUUACCUAAAAGACCACCACCACAAUUUUUUUCUCCUACAAAAUUAAAUGCAAGUAACAUCAAUGUCCAAUAAGCACCUCAGGUUGAGUGCAACAGGGUAAAAUAAUCUCACAUAUGAAUAUAUCAUUGAGUCAUUUAAAGAUAUCAAAAUAUAAAUUGUUAAGUCAACCUAGGAGUUCUUUGCAAGAUAUUUAAAUUCAGAAAUUGUUUAAACUGUAAAAAUGCAAAUAAGAAAACAUACCUAUGAGGAAUAUCCCUUUAAAAAAUAACAAAACUUGCUUAAUACAAUUUAUUUUCAGGUCUUCAAACAUUGAAAAUCCAUUUACACUAAAUGGUCUACUCAUUUGUUUUUAGUCAAGAAUCAUGUUUGAAUUCAACUAGCCAUACUUUUCCAGUCAAUGGAUCACCAUUAAAGGGCUACAGAUUUGUCAGCAUUUUAAUAAAGCCUUUAUUGUAUUUCCCAUUUCUAAUUCAAACUUGAACACACAUUUUAGGUAGGGGGAAAAACAUAUCUUUCACAUGACAAUACAGGGAUAUUAGAAAUUUUAAAUUUUUUCUUUAAAUCAAUUUAAAUUUUUGCAAGUUUAGGUUCUUCCAUUUGGUGAAAAGGGAUUUUUCAUUUUGCUGAGAACACAGCAGCCAAUUAAAUGUUUAUGAGAAUAUCAGCAAUUAAACUAAACCUGCUGUUAGACAUGCUGAUGUCUGCCUUCUGGUUUUAUUUUAUUUUUUUAUUUUAAAUGUAACUAUUUCAGUCUCUGUUCUAUAACCACUAUAUUACUAGACAACAGAAAAUCAUGAUAAGCUAUGUAUCUAGUAAAAUUUCUUUUCAGUGCCCUUGGCAUCGUGAAUGUUCUUAGUAACUCUACUAUGCAGCUCUCUGUGCUUAUAACAUGUACAUUUUAAAAUACUUGAAUUUGUAACAAGGUUUGACUUGCUUGGAGGCCUUUUAAACUGGAAUGUGAACUUACCAAAGUAAGUGAUACCACUGCAAUAAAGAUGGUGAAACAAAGAAUCCAA